AUGGAUACAAGCCAGAGCUCAGACUCUUCCAGUGCCACUGACAGCGAGGAGGAGGAGGUCAUUGGCACAGUGACUAGAGCGCAACAGGAGACCUUCAUGUACAAUCAGGAGCAGGCCAGCGUGCCUUCAGAGGGCCCCAACAACUACAGCCAUUGCUCAGAGAAGACUCAGGAGGUUUGGAACCAACAGAACAAUGCCUCCUCAGAGAGCGAACUAAAGCCCCCAACAGGCAGUGCUCCACGGGGGCCUGAAGACUCGGGCUGUCCUUUCAGACUGCCCAACAGCAGCUCCGCUGGACCACCUCUGAAGAACCUCUCUAUGAGAGCUCAUAAUGACAAUGACACACAUGUCAAUGGCAGCUGUAGUGUCCCAACAUUUGCAAGUGUUAACAGGAUGCACCUGGUUUGCCCCAUGAACACAUCGCCCUAUGUGGAUCCUCAGAAGUCGGGUCACAGUAUUUGGGAGGAGUUCUCCAUGAGCUUCACCCCAGCUGUCAGAGAGGUGGUGGAAUUUGCAAAGCGCAUCCCAGGAUUCAAAGAGCUGUCCCAGCACGACCAGGUCAGCCUGCUGAAGGCCGGCACCUUUGAGGUGCUGGUGGUGCGCUUUCCAUCCCUGUUCGAUGUGAAGGAGCGCACGGUUACAUUUCUGAGUGGCAGGAAGUACAGCGUGGAGGCGCUGCGCUCGAUGGGUGCUGGAGAUCUCCUCAACUCAAUGUUUGACUUCACAGAGAAGCUGCAAGCGCUGAACCUCAGUGAGGAGGAGAUGAGCCUCUUCACAGCCGUAGUGCUGGUGUCUGCAGAUCGCUCCGGUCUGGAGAACGUCAACUCGGUUGAGGCCCUUCAGGAAACUCUGAUUCGAGCUCUGCGCAGCUUGAUCACCAAGAACCACCCGAACGAGAUCGCCAUCUUCACUAAACUGCUCCUCAAACUGCCGGACCUGCGCUCGCUCAACAACAUGCACUCUGAGCAGCUCUUGGCCUUUAAGGUCCACCCCUGACCACCCAUCAACCCCAUAACUGUGGACCACACACCCCAUCCAUCUCCAGAGCCUCCUUCCUGCGGCCCGUUUAGCCAGUGGGGAACUGUUAUUACUCAGUGCCCCUUUUCUGACACUUCGCCCCAUGACUUUCAAAGCCCUGCUGGUUAAAUAUGGAGGUGGAAAGGGGGUACAAGAAGUCAUUAUACUGUAAAAUGCCUGUAUUGUACUGUAAAACGCCUCUGCUCAUGCUAAAGCACACGACUCGCUGACACAAACUGGAGGGGUUUCGUUGUAGAUGCUUACAAGAGUUUGUACGAUUACUCGGUUCGUGUGUGCGCAGAGGCAUCUUGAAUUAGUUUUUAGAUUUAUAAAUCUGCCUGUGCAAUAAGUGACGCGGUCACUGAUUUUGAGAUUGUUCCUUGUUGGUCUUUUAAUACUUUCAGAGAAGAGGACGUAAGGUAUCUGUGGCAUGUAUGAAUGUUGUGUGUUGCUAAGGGGAGAUUAUGAAGGGAUAUUCCCACAAACAAAUGAGAAAAUAAUUACAUAGAGCACAGUUUGGCAUCCUUUCUAAUUCGGAGAGAAGAAAAAACAAAAAGCACCAACUAAGAAAAAGAAGAAUGUGGAAGAAGAAAAGCUGCUAAUCUGAGCUUUAUUGGCAGAAAGACAGGAAUGUUUAAUGGAUAGAUCUAUUUUUAUAUUCUGUUUUCUGUCUUAAAAUCUGUAGUUAAAUGCAGAGGAAGCCACACUUAGGCCUGAAACAUUAUGUAAGUAUGUGAACACAAAUGCUUCUUGAUACAGUGGAUGGCUGCGUUCCAAAAUGCAUCAAAAUCUAAUGCAGUGCGUGUCACGCUGAUGUUGUGUGCAGUAGACACUGACAUUGACACUGUCUUUUUACAGUUUUCUCUUCCAGGUAAAUGAUGGAGCAACAGUUUGAAGAGAAUCUUGCUGAGCAAUUUAAAGUUAGUUCAGCUGUUGACACAUUUAUAGCUAGCUACCUGACUAGUGAUGCAUUUGGUUUAUUGGCACAGACAUAUGAAGUCGACUGUUGUCCGCUUGAGUGUUUGUUACCGACAAGAUUCAGUCAGACCGCAGGCUCGGCCAAGCAUUUGUAUUCUUGCAUAGAGUAAGUGUCUGAUUGUGUAUGGUGCAUCUGUGUAGAUGUCCUGAUUCGUAGGGCUUUUAGUAAUGACAAAGUGUGUGAUGAUGCUUAAUGACAGAAGAGGAGUAGGACAGAAGGCGUUUUAUCACUAUUAGGAUUGUAAAUGCUGAUGGGACUCAAAGCCGUCCACAGUGAUGUCAUAAUGUCUGCAUUUAUAUUUCUUCAUUUCUCUUUUCUGAAUGAUGUUUUUUGUUUUUGUUUUUGGAUAAGUCUGUUCAGUGAAUGUUCUUGUAGAGUUAUUGUUUCUGUGUGAUCAGCUGCAGUAAGCAAAUAGUGUGGAUACUCAAGCACCGCUGGACCAGACAGGGAGAGGAAACAGGAAAUGGCCCAAAACUCCACCGAGUAACACCAUCAACACCUCUCAUCACCCCGCCAGCUCUGGGCAUCUGAAAUCCUCUCGGGUCGGUUCUGAUAUCAAAGCUGCUGUAGAUGAAUAGUCACCAAAAGAAGUAUGUUUGUUUGGUGUUGGUGUUCCUCACUCAGUGUCAUUGAUGUGUUGCCAUAAUCCAGUCUGUCAGUUUUCUUCUGUGAAAGUUAGAUUUCUAUAUAUCUAUAUAUAAAUAUAUAAUAUAAUUAAAUACAUAUUAAACAAGAAAAUAAACAGAUAAAUGCU